AUGCCUGCCCAUAAUAUAAAACUUAAAGUUGGUGCAGUAAUUGUUUUGCUUCAAAAUUUAAAUACACAGAAGGGUUUAUGUAAUGGCACUAGAUUGAUUGUUAGGCGUUUAUAUCAAGAUUUAAUUGAGGCAGAAACCAUAAGUGGUUCUUCUGACCGUGGUAUUACUGUUGGAAUAUGUCGUGCAAGAAAUAGUUAUAAAGAUAUUCGACCUGAUUGUGUUAGUUUUGAACGAUUUCAGUUUCCCGUAAGGGUGGCUUUUUGCAUGACUAUUACUAAAGCCCAAGGGCAAACUUGUGAACGUUUAGGAAUUGAUAUAAGCGAUGAGCCUUUCGCGCAUGGCCAAACUUAUACCGCUUUUUCACGGGCCAGAAGUGGUGAAAACAUUAGAGUUUUUGCACCCGGAAGACACCCUGAUAAUAAUGGAAAUAUUUCUAUGAGAAACGUUGUAGCAAGAGGUAUUUCUUUUGAUUGAAUGUAAAAAAAAUAAAAGUCGAUUUAUGUUGAAAAAUUUUAGAUUCUGUUUUUGAUUUUGUGUUUGUUUUUGUAUUUUGGUAUUACUUUUGGUUGAGUUUUUGUAUUUAUAGAUUAUUUGUUGUGGAAUGGUUUUUUGGUUUUAUAUUUAGUAUUUUAUUUGUG